AGAAAAAUCCACUAUCCAUCACUUAUCACUUGGUAUGUGCAUGGCUAAAAUUUUACUGUUCAAAAAUGUCGCGAGAUAAAAGUGUUUGGUUUGCAGAAGAGAUCCUCUUAGAUGCUAAGCUCAUCAACUUCCAACUGGAGACGGGGGAAUGGGACGCCGUGGAGGAGAUGCUGAGGGCUGAGGCGCAGCUUUCACGAGACGCUGAGACCGGACGAUUGCGACCUAAAAAAGCAUCAGAGUACACCCUCCGUCUCAUAGCAGAAGUGCUCCAUAUCAUGCGGUUGGAUGUAGAGCAGGCCUCUUACAACCGCAGCACCCUGGCCGUAGCCGAGCAAUGCCUGCGUCUCGUCCGCUCCUGUGGCGCUGCCGGCACCAAAAUGCAGACGUACAUCUCUAAAGAACUCUCCAUUUUAGACUCCAUGCUUAUUCUAGCUACUGAAUACCAACAUCCAAAUGUUGACUUCCUAAAUGAAGAGCUGCAAAAAUAUGAAUCCUGUAUGACAGUAUUAAUUCAAACUCUUGGAAAUUUAGUCGUCAACAAUCCAUUUAAUCAAAUUAUCAUUUGGAACAAAUUUGACACCAUAAUCUUGAAUUCUUUAGUCAGUCCGAAUGACAAGAUAUCUUCUGCUGCCGCCAUGAUUGUUUACAACAUAUUAUUGGGACAACCCAAUGUGUUACCAGAUGAUGUGAUGCUGCUCAAUUCUCUAGCGUACAUGUAUAGCAACGGUAACACUGAAUACCCGCAUUUAAUUAUAGAAUACUUAAUUGGUGUUGAAAACACUUACAUAGAGAAGUUAUACUCAAAAUUGGAUCCGGAAUGCAGAAUGCUAGUUUUGAAUUUGGCGUACAACAUUUUGAUGUCUACUGAGUCUCAAGAUAUUAAUGUAUCGGUGAAUUUUGUGAAGUUUAUGGCGCAUGAGUUUAAGACUAAAUCGGACUGUAUUUUGAAGACGGUGGACAAGUAUGUGAACACUAUAGAGCCGCAGGAAGUGGUGUUUCUGCUUGAGAUUAUUGCGACGGCUUCGAGUAUGGACGCUUAUAUGGAUUGCUUGCAGAGUGAUACUUCUCUGUUUAUAAAUUGUGCUUUCCUGCUGCGCGCCAUCCAUAAGCUAGGCAAAGAGAGCAGCAACUUCUUCUCAUCCAUCAACAAGUUGUACGAAGCCACCGGCCGACAGCUGAUCAACGACGAAACCGCUUACAACACUCCACAAGAAAUUCCGUUGGCCAAAAACGACUCUGCUGACAACAUGCUCUCCUGCAACGAGACGACGUCAGAGUGCACGGAAUCGGAGAGCAGCGAGCAGUUCUACGAGUGCAAUGAAAUACCCAUCUUUGAUCGCUUCGAGCCUGCGGAACCGCCCAAACAAGAAAACCCUGACGCGAAAAACGGAAACGCCAAUGUGAAAAUCGACAUCGAUUUAACCAAAGUAGCUUACAAAAGGAGCAGUUCAGUGCCAAAAGCAGACGACAGAAUAACAGUCCUCCCCAUACGAAGGAUAAGUCUGGAACACAAAAUAGACAUCGGAGAUGACACCGAACCUCCACUCAUCAUAGAUGCUAUGUCACCGAACGGUAACAUGAACACUAUCGCUGAAGUUAUACCAGUAGCGCUACAACCUAGACUAGAUUUACAACCAACAAGCCAAACGGAGUCUCAAGACAGCUCUCCGAACGAUCCACCCACAGAAAUACACUUGCCCAAAGAAGAACAGAAGUCCGAGGUCAAAGCUUCUCCAAGCGAGAUCUCACCGCCCUUAGCUGAAAACCCUCCGGAGACAGAGUCACAAAAGCAAUCCCCGGACACACCGAAAGAGGUUAAGAAAAGUCAGAACUUGUCGACUGAUUUUGAUUUGAGCGAGCAGCUGCAGAAGAUCCUGGGGAUAUCGGAGAAGCGGGUGGAUGCAGAGAGGAAGGAGCCGGUGAAAGAGGUGAAGAUAUCGGAGGACAGUGUGGUGGUCAAUAAGGUGCCGUCCGUGAAGAUUGACUCUCCGGAGAGCCAGAAGACCAGACUGGGAGCUGUCGACAUGACGACUAGUAAAAUUUACACGACGGUUGAAACUGUGGAGCGUCACGUCGCCUUCGGUUUCAAGGCCGCUUUGGUUCGGGCGCUGGCUAAUCUAUGCUGGAAGAACCAGGCUAACAAGAGACAGUUAAGAGGCUGUGGCGGCUACCCCGGACCCUGGCGAGCAUCGCGGCACAACGCUUGCGAAGUGUGGCAUGAAAUCCGUCAACACUAG